CACCUCCCAUCAUCUGACUGUCCCGCACUUCUCCGCCCCUAAACAUGCGAUUUCCGGUGUGCACCUCCCCGCCCCCUCUGUGUGUCCCGGGCGGAAGUAGGCCUGUACUAAGAGAGUGGAGGAGGAAGCUGCGGUCUGUGACUGUUACGAUGGCCGGAGCCGAUGGGGAUGACUCGCUGUAUCCGAUCGCGGUCCUGAUCGACGAGCUGCGGAACGAGGACGUGCAGCUGCGUCUGAACAGUAUCAAGAAGUUGUCUACCAUAGCCCUGGCCUUAGGGGUAGAGAGGACUCGGACGGAGCUGCUGCCAUUCCUUACUGACACCAUCUAUGAUGAAGAUGAGGUGCUUUUGGCACUGGCUGAACAGCUGGGAAGUUUCACCACUCUGGUUGGAGGACCAGAAUUUGUCCACUGUCUGCUGCCUCCCCUGGAAAGCUUGGCCACUGUGGAAGAGACCGUAGUGCGUGACAGAGCAGUGGAAUCCUUACGGAAGAUCUCGCAUGAACAUUCUCCUGUUGACCUUGAAGCUCAUUUUGUACCGCUGGUGAAACGCCUGGCUAGUGGGGACUGGUUCACGUCACGCACAUCUGCGUGUGGUCUCUUCAGUGUGUGCUACCCUAGAGUGUCUAGUACUGUCAAGGCAGAGAUAAGGCAACACUUCCGCAACCUGUGCUCUGAUGACACUCCAAUGGUACGACGUGCUGCUGCUUCCAAACUUGGUGAAUUUGCCAAAGUCCUUGAACUGGAAUAUGUGAAAAAUGACAUCAUUCCUCUCUUUACCAACCUGGCCUCAGAUGAGCAGGACUCUGUACGGCUAUUGGCAGUGGAAGCCUGUGUCAGCAUUGCUCAGCUCCUUCCUGAAGAGGAUCUUGAAGCUCUGGUGAUGCCUACACUGCGACAAGCCACCGAGGACAAAUCCUGGCGUGUUCGCUACAUGGUUGCCGACAAAUUUUCAGAGCUCCAGAAAGCUGUUGGCCCAGAGAUCACGAAGAAUGACCUCGUACCUGCAUUUCAGAACCUGCUAAAAGACUGCGAAGCAGAGGUCCGAGCUGCAGGGGCUCACAAAGUGAAGGAGUUUUGUGAGAAUCUGCCAGGAGAUGGAAGGGAGACCAUCAUUAUGAACCACAUUCUACCCUAUGUAAAGGAACUGGUGUCCGACACAAAUCAGCACGUGAAAUCCGCUCUGGCAUCUGUAAUCAUGGGAUUAUCCACAAUUUUAGGAAAGGAUAAUACAAUUGAGCAUCUCCUACCUCUCUUCCUAGCUCAGCUGAAAGAUGAGUGCCCAGAAGUUCGGCUGAAUAUAAUAUCCAACUUGGACUGUGUAAAUGAAGUGAUUGGAAUCCGUCAGCUCUCCCAGUCUCUCUUACCAGCCAUUGUGGAGCUGGCGGAGGAUACAAAGUGGAGAGUGAGGCUUGCGAUCAUAGAAUACAUGCCCUUGCUCGCUGGGCAGCUGGGGGUGGAGUUUUUUGAUGAAAAGCUGAAUUCUUUGUGCAUGGCUUGGCUUGUUGACCAUGUUUACGCCAUCCGAGAAGCAGCCACCAACAAUCUAAUGAAGCUGGUGGAAAAGUUUGGUGCAGAGUGGGCACAGAAUACUAUAGUUCCAAAAGUCUUAGCCAUGGCAAAUGAUCCCAACUACCUGCAUCGGAUGACCACUCUGUUCUGUGUCAAUGCUCUGUCUGAAGCAUGUGGAAAGGAUAUCACCACCAAGCUGAUGCUGCCCAUUGUACUGAAGAUGGCAGCUGACCAGGUGGCUAAUGUACGUUUCAACGUGGCCAAAUCGCUGCAAAGAAUAGGACCAGUCCUGGAUAGCAAUACAUUACAGACAGAUGUGAAGCCUGUACUGCAGAAGCUGGGCCAGGAUGAGGAUAUGGACGUGAAAUAUUUUGCGCAGGAAGCAAUGACUGUCCUUGCCUUGGCAUAAGAAGAAUAUGGAGACAACCACUUUACCCCAUUGUUUGUUCAGUAUGUAGUAGAACGAUUGUUUUGAACCUCUGCGGAACAACCUUUCAAGACCUCACGGAACAUAUGGCAACUACUGUUGGAAGACCACAUUCCCUGCACAUGUGCCUCUUCUAAAAGACUUUGUUUGUUUUUGUUUGUUUUUUGUUUUGUACAACUUUAUUUAUGUAUGUCCAAUCUCAUGUUUUUUAUUUGCAGUUCAAAGGGAGUCUUGUUACUGGUGAUGGUCAGAGCUUUUUGUUAUUUUGGUGAUGACAUAAAGAAUUGGGUACCCACAGACACUAUUGCCAGGUUUCUUUAAAUAUUAAAUUAUUGAAUAAUCGAUCAGCAGAGUGGUGGUCUGACCAUCUGACACUAAUGGUCAUUGUCGUGUGUAUUGGAUAGAAAUGACGGUCUGGCCACAGUGGAUAAUGUAACGGUGAAGAGACCGAUGAGUCCAGUGUCAUUGACUGAAGUAAAACAAUUGAUGAAUCCAUUUAGUUGACAUUUUCAUACAAAGAAAAAACCCAAUUGGCUUCUUGUGUACAAAGGUCUCCGUUUGUGGUCCAGAACCCCCAUACUCCAACCACAUACUUCUAUAUUAAGUUGCUGGCCAUUCAUAUAACGAUUUGGGUAUGGGGAUGUACUUCUUAGGAGUGUUUUUUUAUGUGUAAUGUUUGCUUGCCACUGUGUAAAUGGAACAUUUGUGACGUAAAACCACUGGACCGGCUUGGUCAGUGAAAAUGAAUACUGGAGAAACCAGUCAGUGGAGAUUAAUUUUUUUUUGAGAUGGAGACAAUGAACUGUUAAGAACAUAUAUGCUGUAACUGUGCCCGGAAGGCAUUAUUCACAUGUGCAUAAUACAUAUGUGUCACAUGCAGUAAGGGAACACUGUUGUAAGCUUCCUUCUCUUUGCAUUUUAUCUUCUUCCUUUGAGGACUGCAGGAAGGGUCCACCCAGCAUCACCUUAACCCCCGCCCCCCUCCUUGCUGCUGGUGCUGUAAUGAAAUAGUAACACUGCGAGGGUCAGUACUUUGCAUGUCUGGUAUGAUCAGGGGCUGUGCUCGCCUUCUGACAAGCAACCUCUUUUUCAGGUCUAUUUAAUGUGAUGCCUCCUUGAAAAAGAACGUGGCAUUCCAUCUUUUUUAGUUUAUUUUGUUAGCUGGUCUGCUUUGCAUCCCCAAUGCCUGGACAAAGGUUCCUCUCAUUUUAAGAUAAUCCCUCUCCGCAAACUGUGUGCACCCCAAUCACCCCGAGAAAGCCUUUUUUAAAAGUGCAAAAACUAACUGAAGUCCUCUUAGGACAUUCCUUGAAGGUUAACUCUAUAACGGCUGUAGAAAUAGUGUCAUGUAAGUGCUUGAUUAAAAGGAAAUAAACAUUCAAUUGGAUUUACGCUUCAA